AUGAAGAAUGGAAAUAAUUUUGAAGAUGACAAAGAAAGAGAUGGCAAAACUAAAAUGUAUGUAAUUAUAUAUAAUAUAGGGAAAAAAAAAAACAUUGGAAAUAUUGUACGAAGUUGUGUUGCAUUUAAUGUUAGUGAGAUAUUCGUAGUCGGGCGAAAUAAAAAAGAAACCAGUUUUUUUGGUAGUAUGGGAACACAUGGAUAUAUAAGAAUAAGAUAUUUUUCAAAUAUGAUAGAAUUAAAAGAAUAUUUAAAUGAUAACAAUAUAUUAUUAUAUGGAUGUGAAAUAACAAACCAAUCUAUUCCUAUUACUAAACAACCAUUUGUGAAAAAUAAAGAUACAGCAUUUUUAUUUGGAAAUGAAGGUACAGGAAUUAGUGACCAAAUAAUAAAAAUGUGUGAUAAAAUUAUUUAUAUACCACAAUAUGGAAAUGGCAUUGCUUCUUUAAAUGUUUCAGUUUCUUGUGCAAUCAUUUUACAAACCUUUGCUGUAUGGGCUAAUUAUAUAGAAGUAGAUAUUAAAGGAAAUAAAUUUAUUAUUCAAGAGCGUCAAAAUAAAUUAAAUAAUUAUUUAAACCCUUCUGAAGAGUUAAUAAAAGAAAUUAAUGAUAAAAGAACAAUUCGAGAGAUAAAAAAAAAAGAAAUCCAACUAGCCAAUUUGGAUAAUUUAGAAUUUUUAUUUUGA